AACAAGGCGCGGGACACUUCCUAGGAGACGCGGUUACCUGAGUAACGCGGGCAAACAGGACAAGAGCCGGUGAUUGCGGAGAUUGGCGCGGUUUCCGUGCUGUAUGCGAUAGCAGCGAUGAUGAGACAGCAGGUCCUGUAAAGAUCAGUGUUAUGCAUUACACUCUGCUGCUUAGGAGACAGGAUUUUAUUUGUUGAAUACCGCUAACAACGCUGGAGACCUGUAUGAUACCGAGCAGUGAUAGGUGUCAAAGAGAGGAAUGACCUACAGCCAGAGGGAGAAAAUGAUAGCCGAAGCCCGGCGUCAUGAGUUUAUUAGGGAGGACCAAAUUAAGAGAUUGAACCAAGAACAGCAAAUGGACGCUUGCCUAAAGAGUGAGGACCGUGUGGAAAAGAAGCGCUUUCUGAGGAGAUUGCAGGAUGAAGAACAGGAGAGACGGAUGGAGGAGACGAUUGAGCUAGCAGCAGAAUCCAAAAGGCUUAAAGAUUUACAGCUGGAACAAGAAGAAAGAAUGGCACAGGAGCUGGAAAGAAUAAACCAUGAAAAACUGAAAGAUGAGAAACUGAGACAACAGAUACGAGAGAAUAGCCUUGAGCUCAGAGAAUUGGAGCAAAAGCUAAAGACUGCCUAUCUCGCAAGGGAGAGGUCUGCACAGAUUGCUGAAAAAGAAGUUCUCAAGUAUGAGAAAAUGAAACGUGAAUCUGACAUAGCUCGUAAAAUGAAGGAAGAACAUGAAAGAGCUUCAGAAGAAGAAGUGGCCAAGGAGACUAGACGCUAUCAGGAGAAACUACAUUACCAGAGAGAGCUGGAAACACAGCUAGAAGAAAAGGAGAGGAAACGGCAGGAAGCUUAUCAGGAAUUCCUGAAGGAGAAAAUACUAGUUGAUGAAAUUGUGAGGAAGAUUUAUGAAGAAGAUCAAACGGAAAGACAACAGAAGCUGGAAAAAAUGAAUACCACAAAGCGAUACAUAGAUGAAUUCAAGGAGCAGCGGGAUGCCUGGAGAAAAAUGGAAAAGGAGAAGAUAGAGAAGGAAAACAGAAGAAUCAUGGCCUUUGCAAAGUUGCAGCAGCGAAGAGAAGAGGAUCGCAUGGCACAAGCCAGAGAGCAGGAGGAAAGAAAGAGGGCUCUUCAGGACAGGCUUGCAGAACAUAUCCAGAAAGAACAGCAACAGAGAGAAGAACUUGAGCAGAUGCGUGAAGAGCUGUACCUGGAAGAGCAGGCAGAGGAGGCCAGACAACAAGAAAUUGCAGAGAUGGAAAAGAAAAUUCGUCAAAGGCUGGAAUUACAGCGAACAUUCGAAGAACAAAUGGCUUUUAAGCAGAUUGUUCAACAAGCAGCUAAAGAAGAAGAGGAAGCUUUCAGACAGGCCAUGCUGGCGAAGUUUGCAGAGGAUGACAGGAUUGAGCAGAUGAAUGCUCAGAAGAGGAGGAUGAAGCAGCUGGAACACAAAAGAGCAGUGGAAAAACUACUUGAGGACAGGCGCAAUCAGUUUAUUGCUGAAAAAGAACGUGAAUUCCAUGAGCGAGAUGAGGAGGAGAAGAGAGAAGCAUUUCGCCGGGCAAUCAUUGAGGAGGAGAGACAGAAACUGCUCAAGCAACAUGCUACUCAGUUACUGGGCUACCUUCCAAAGGGGAUAUUUAAGAAUGAGGAAGAUCUCAAUAUGUUUGAUGAAGAGUUUCAGAAGACUUUUCAGAAAAGAAACGUGGAUAUGUUUUCAGAAGAUGGCUGGGAUUCUUAAAUGCAGUGACCACCAGAUGGCGCUCUUUGUAUCAGCAAAAUGCUGUCCGGAAAGGUUUUACUUUAUGAAUGUGUAAUAAUUGUAAUAACCAGACAUUAAUUAAAAUAUCUGAUGUUGAAAGUCUUUAAAA